UAGUUAUUGGGAAAUGAUCCUCUCCAGUGAGUUUUACACCGGAGACUGUCCGGUGAUAAUCAUCAUCUUCAAUUAUGUUUUACUAAUUAUGAGUAGUAUUGAAUGAAGGGUCAAGAUUCCAAUGCAGAAAAAUUUACACGGCAGAGGAUCCGUUCCCGUAAAUAUUCAAAAACAUUAUAGGAGUGAAAUAUUAAAAUUUAAAAACAGAACCUUGCUACAGUGAUCCCCACCUCUUCUAUAAAUAGAGAAUCCCAAUCAAUCCCUUUUCAUGCUUUUGUUAAGUGUUAACCAAAAUUAAGCUCAAACAACCUCACUCUCUCUUCCAUUCAAUUUCAUUUCAUGGCAUCAACAAACCCCCAACCUCCCCAAAUGCUUCCCACCAUAACAACCACUCCCACAAGACUCACCACCAUACAAAAAGUAAAAAGCAACUUACUUUUCCGUUCAACAUUAUCUGAACUCAAUGGAGCCAUGGGUGACCUUGGCACAUACAUACCAAUAGUACUUUCUCUCACUCUUUCCAAAAACCUCAACCUUGGCACCACUUUGAUUUUCACUGGCUUCUAUAACUUUCUCACUGGUGCCAUGUAUGGUGUUCCUAUGCCAGUUCAGCCCAUGAAAUCAAUAGCUGCUGUUGCACUAUCCGACCCCUCUUUCGGUAUCCCGGAAAUCAUGGCUUCCGGUAUCUUAACCGGAGGGAUUUUAUUGGUUUUGGGUUUUACUGGGUUGAUGAAAUUAGCUUACAAGCUUAUACCUUUAUGUGUUGUUAGAGGGAUUCAGCUUGCACAGGGUUUGUCUUUUGCUUUAACUGCUAUAAAAUAUGUUAGAAAAGUUCAAGAUUUACCAAAGUCUAAAUCUUUAAAUGGUAGGGAUUGGUUUGGGUUUGAUGGGUUGGUUAUAGCUAUUGUUUGUGUUUUCUUUGUUGUUGUUGUCAAUGGUGCUGGUGAAAAGGAACAUGAAUUUGAUGAGAUUGAGGAAGAAUUAGGUGAUUCAAUUGAAGGGAAUGAGAGAAAAAAGAGUGUUAAAUCAUUUAAAAAGAUUGUUUUUUCACUACCUUCUGCUUUUAUAGUGUUUGUUUUGGGUGUGAUUUUGGGUUUUAUAAGAAGGCCUAAUGUGAUACAUGAAAUUAAAUUUGGACCUUCUAAUAUGGUGUUAGUGAAAAUUUCUAAACAUGCAUGGAAACAAGGUUUUAUAAAGGGUACAAUUCCACAACUACCAUUAUCAAUUUUGAACUCUGUGAUAGCUGUUUGUAAACUAUCUUCUGAUUUAUUUCCUACCAAGGACUUUUCAGUAACUUCACUUUCAGUAACAGUUGGGUUAAUGAAUCUUGUGGGUGGUUGGUUUGGUGCUAUGCCAUGUUGUCAUGGUGCAGGUGGAUUAGCAGGACAGUAUAAAUUUGGUGGAAGGAGUGGUGGGUGUGUUGCAAUUCUUGGUGCUGCAAAAUUGGUUUUGGGUUUUGUGUUAGGAAGUUCUUUGGCUCAUUUUUUCCAACAGUUUCCAGUGGGAAUUUUAGGAGUUUUGUUGUUAUUUGCUGGGAUUGAAUUAGCUAUGGCUUGUAGAGAUAUGAAUAACAAAGAGGAUUCUUUUGUUAUGCUUCUUUGUACUGCUGUUUCACUUGUUGGAUCUAGUGCUGCUCUUGGUUUUUUGUGUGGGAUGGUUGUUUUUGGAGUUCUUAAGGUAAGGAAUUUAACAAGUGUUAAAUCACUUUCUAGUAUUUGGAAGCAUGAAGGACAAGAGCAAGUUUGAAGAAAAAGAGAGAGAUCAAUGCAUGCAUGGAUUCAUGAUAUUACGUAGUAUUUCCUAAUAAUGUAAUUACUCGAUUCCUCUGUAAGUAUAAUUUAGUUGGUAGGAACAAUGUGACAGAGGUCAGAGUUAUUCUGGUACUAGUCUACUUGACAAAAUAAAUAAAUAAUGUAAUUACUUUUCAAAUGUAGUUUCUCUGUAUGCAUGUAUGGUUAUAAGAAUGGUGUCACGAGUGUCACUACUUCAAACCAAACCGAACUGUACUAAAAAAGUGAAUUGUGACUAACAGUUUGCGAGUUGAA